UUUCGGAGAAGUGUCUCGGAUGUUUUUAUUCCAGCUUCUGGCUGUGGGCAUAUGCGUUCAUGUCCUUGAUUAAAGGUUGCUCAGCAUGUGAACCAGAAGAACGGUUAUUUCAAAAACUUUUCUCCCAUUACAACCACUUCAUCAGACCGGUGGAAAAUGUAUCUGAUCCCGUGACAGUACAUUUUGAAGUGGCAAUUACACAGCUUGCAAAUGUGGAUGAAGUCAAUCAGAUUAUGGAAACCAACCUGUGGCUGCGACAUAUUUGGAAUGACUAUAAAUUGCGAUGGGAUCCAAUGGAAUAUGGUGGAAUUGAAUUUGUUCGGGUGCCGGCGGAUAAAAUUUGGAAACCCGAUAUCGUCUUGUAUAACAAUGCUGUUGGGGAUUUUCAAGUCGAAAGCAAGACCAAAGCUCUUCUUAAAUAUGAUGGGAUGAUCACUUGGACUCCACCUGCUAUUUUUAAAAGCUCCUGUCCUAUGGACAUCACAUUUUUUCCCUUUGACCAUCAGAAUUGUUCACUGAAAUUUGGCUCCUGGACAUAUGACAAAGCCAAAAUUGACCUCCUGAUUAUUGGAUCCAAAGUGGAUAUGAAUGACCUUUGGGAAAACAAUGAAUGGGAAAUAGUUGAUGCUUCUGGCUAUAAACACGAUAUAAAAUAUAAUUGUUGUGAAGAGAUCUAUACAGAUAUAACAUACUCCUUUUAUAUCCGAAGGCUACCCAUGUUUUACACCAUUAAUCUGAUCAUUCCCUGUCUCUUCAUUUCAUUCCUAACUCUAUUAGUCUUUUACCUUCCGUCUGACUGUGGUGAGAAGGUGACCCUCUGCAUCUCAGUGCUACUCUCUCUGACUGUAUUUUUGUUGGUGAUCACAGAGACAAUCCCGUCAACCUCUCUGGUCAUUCCACUGGUUGGCGAAUACCUGCUCUUCACCAUGAUAUUUGUGACCCUAUCAAUUGUCAUCACAGUGUUUGUGCUGAACAUCCAUUACAGGACUCCAACCACACACACCAUGCCCAAAUGGGUAAAAAGCGUCUUUCUCAAGCUCCUGCCCAAAGUCCUGAUGAUGACGAGACCUCUAGAGCCGCAGAAGGAAGCCAACUCUAAAAAGAGUAAGAAAGGGCUUGCCAAUAAAUCUAGCAAGAUGAAGCAAUAUGGAGACGUUAAAUUAUACAAGGAGCAGAGAUGCUGCCACUGUGACAAGGUGAACGAACUUGUUACCGGCAAAAGAAGAUUGAGCCCUCAGCCCAUGAAAUGGGGGAUGGAGCACGUCAAGUACUCCGCUGAAGUCGGCGAGGUAAUUAGCAACGUUCAGUUCAUCGCUGAAAACAUGAGGAGCCAAAACGAAACUAAAGAGGUGGAGGAUGACUGGAAGUACGUGGCUAUGGUGAUAGACAGGGUGUUCCUUUGGGUGUUCAUCGUUCUCUGUGUGUUUGGGACAGGAGGGUUAUUUCUGCAGCCACUAAUAGCAGACACAUAAUCCCAAGAAUGCUGGUUGGUUUUUGUUUUGUCCAAUUCCCUACUUUUUUGGAGUUCCACCCAUCCCCUCCACUUUCUCUUGUUACACUUGGCCCAUCCUCCAAUGGUCCAUCUGCGAAGGGCUGCUGUUAAGGUGAUGUUCCCUCUGGCCUGGUCUACACUACAAUUUUAAUUCGGAUUUAGCAGCGUUAAUUCGAAUUAACCCUGCACCCGUCCACACAAUGACACUAUUUAAUUCGAAAUAAAGGGCUCUUUAAAUUGAUUUCUGUACUCCACCUCUGGCUAAGCGGUCAGGGUGUGGCUUCCCCUUCCAACAGUCACAGGGAGAGAGAAGGCAUUCCAUCCUGAGGUCAGUUUCAGACUGUCACAUAUCAUCGUCGAGUGCCCACUGACUAACUUCAACGGCGGGCUGCCGUCUCUCCACCUGGCUGAUGACACCAUUCAAUGACUGGGCACGUUGCACAUACACCCAUGAUCCCUUUGGGGACCUCUGUGGCAAUUUCUGCUCCUUAUUAUCUAGGGGAAGAUUUUCAAAAGCCCCCAGUCUCGGCCUAAUUUUGCUCCCAUUGACGUCAAUGGUAACCACUGACUCCAACAGAAGCAGAGCUAGGCUAGUGGGAAUUUUACCAUUGCCUCCAUUGAAGGCAGAGUUUAGGCCAGUGCUGGGCCCUUGGAAAAUCCCCCGCCUACUGUAUUCUAGCUCUCUUGCUUCUGCUCCCAAGUGCACCCUAAACAUUGCAUGUGUUUGUUUUGCUGUCUUUCUAUCCACUUAGUACUUCACUACAGCACUCGGAUUACCUACGACAAUCCUGCUGGAUGCGUUGAUGUUUUGUUGUAUUCUUACAGUGAAGCCAUCAACAUGAAUAAAAGUACUAUAAAAACCAAAAUAUGACCGGAGUAGUCAAUAGGCGGACCAUGAGCCAAAUCCGACUCACUAGAUGCUUUUGAAUGGACCCUGAAAUCUUUUUAUUUACUUAUCAUUAUUGUUAAUUUUUUAUUAUUUU